UUGUUUAUCUGUGCUCUUACAUUGUGCGUGAGGUGUUUUGUCAUUUUGACGAUAUUUUGAGACCUAAUUUUAAGGAAAACAUACGUAAAAUAUUAUUGUUAACAUUUAAGAUAAUCUUGUAGCUGAAAUGAGUAUGUUCUGAAAGUUAAUAAGCAAGAAAUAUGAAGGCUGAUAACGAAAUACAUUCGUUGCCUGUGUCAUGUCUUCCACUGCGGAGUCGAGAACUAUUAACAUGUUUGUUGGAUACACCUAAAAUAAUUCCAACCGAUGGACCCGAAAAGCUACCCAGAGACUGGCGGGGCCUGGCCUACCUUGUCAAUGUUUCAUCAGAAAAGGCUGCAUAUAUCCAGAUGCGUCCCAACAAAACUAUUGAGGUAUUGGACAUCUGGCAACAGGACCGCACAGCCACUAUCGGUCAGCUACUAAAUCAUUUAGUACGCCUAGACCGCUAUGACGUGCACGACGACUUAAGUGAAGAUCUCAGAGAGGCAAUGAAGAGAGGUGAACUAGUAGUUAAUAGACAGAAUCAAAUUGCAAUAAAUAACAACAACAAUAACACUAGCAACAGUAAUCAGGAGCAAGUGUUUCGAGCCAUCACUUACGACGACAGACCUGGUCACGAGCAGCACUAUGAUGCAUUUGUGCUUUACGCUAAAGAAGACAAGGCAUUUGUCAAUGAGCUGCUGGAGCGAAUGAGAGCUGAAGGCUUCCAGAUGUGUACUGAGGACAGCCUGCAGGCCGGCCACAUGACGCCGUACGCUCCGGUGGCGCAGCUGAUCUCAGAGCGGUGCAAGCGCAUCAUCCUGGUCUGCUCGCCAGAGUUCCUCAGCAGCCAAGCCAACACGUUCUAUAGAGAUUACGCUCAGGCCGUCAGCAUCGAGUCAAGCUACCACAAAAUUAUUCCAAUAAUGUACCGUGAGUGCCAGCUGCCGUCGCACCUGGCGUUCUAUCACAAGCUGUACUACAACGAGGACGAGGAGCGCGCCCUGUACGACUUCUGGCAGAAGCUGAAGCAGUCGCUAGAGCUGGCGCGCGGGGCGGGGCCGCGCCGCCUGCUGGCCCCGCCCGGGCCCCGCCUGCUGGCCGCGCCCGGGCCCCGCCUGCUGGCCCCGCCCGGGCCCCCGCCGCCGCCGCAGAUCAACAUCGUGGAGCUGCCUCCCUCCUCCUACCUGAACGACUACCUCGACGAGAACCUCUUCCUCCCGUCCACAAAUCGCAGUAUCUCGAUGAACGACCUCGACUGCCUCAAUACAGACUCCAUGAAAGGCGAGAGUCGGUCUCUGUGCAGUGUUAGUCAGAGAAGUGGUUCUAGCGACGAGAAGAAGAAAAAGCCAGGCAAACUGACGCGAAUCCUGAACACUUUAAAACUUAAGAAACCGAAGAAAACCAUUAUGAUCGCUCAUUAGGCAUGUUUUGUAGACUAGUUGGGACAUGAACUUCACUCCGCUUGAGUGUAAGAAAUGAAAAUAAUGAGAAAGUGUUUAUAUUGAAAGUAAUUGAUUUCUCAGUUAAUGCAAAAUGUGUGCGGUAUUAAAAUGUGCCUUCGUCGUAAUGGAUAUGUCAUUUAAAUAUUGACCAUGACCAUUCAAAUAAGAUUUUCUCGACCUGUUUUUGCAACUAAUGAAAGUUUUCAUUCCGAGAAUACGAUCACUUUUGAAGAGGGACUUUUCAGAAAUAUGUCUAAAUAUAUCAAUCCUAUCUCAUAAAUAGUGGUGAUGAUACAUGAGUAUCCCUAUAUAGUCACAGUAUCUUACAAGUACAUCAUAAAAUAGCUGUAUAUGCAUCAUAAUUUUAAGACUGGGUAACAAUUUACAAAUGAUAUAUUUUUGAUAAAUGGUCUCCAAGUGAUUUGCUAUUAAAAAAAUAUUUGUAUGUAUAUGGUCAUGCUCCAAAGAACAGUUGUAGAUUAGCCCUUUAACUGCGUUUUAUAAGCUUUAUAAAGUGGUCUGACAACUUCUAAGUUGCACAUAUUUUGCAGAGAAAAAGUUUUCAUAAAAUGAACGAAGUAUAUUUUAUUGUUAAAUUGUAAUAAAAUGUUUAAGCGAAGAGAAUUGAAUAGUCGUAAUAAUAUGAUUUAAUGCUUUUACUGUAAGUGAAUCUUGGAUCAUCUAUUUUGUGGACACCUCAGGUCGACACGAAAUACUUUUUUUACCCAAAAUACUCGAUAAUGUUACUAAAAAAAGAAAUAAAAACGCACAAAUAAUAAAGAAUCCUAUUCUCAUAAUACUACCAAUGAAGCAGUUAUAUAAAUGCUAUUCCGCCGGGUCUCAAUAAAUUAAAAAUAUAAAAAAAGUGUGAUUGUUUAUGAACUUUUAUACAAAAAUCGUAAAUGUUAAUUGUACGCCGUGUUUUCAAUUUUAUAACCAUAAUCUAUUCUUGAAGAAGAAAAAAUGGAUAAGGGAUUUUUGAAUUUUAUAAAAUGUUGCAAUUUUUUAAAUGUUUACCCAAUAUUCCUGUACCUUGGCACUUUAGUGCAUUUGUUUUGUAAGAUAUAUACGGGAAAAUUUAAAUCUGUGAUUGAGUGCGACGUGCCUUUUGUAAAACAUGAGAAUACGUCUGUUAUAUUUUCUGUAAAUAUAUUGGUAUAUUAGUCA